CCCGCAUGCUUUUCCUCACGUCUUUUCAGUUCAUUCGGUAUCUGUCUGUGGAGUUAUGCCUCUGAUAGUCAUGUGUGGUUACCCCUGUAGUGGUAAAACACGACGGGCAGAAGAGCUGAAGGUGUGCUUUGAACGCAACACUGACAGAAAGGUUCAUAUUAUAGGAGACGGCGCACUGGGCGUUGAGAAAAACACAGUUUACGCAGAUUCCCAAAAGGAAAAAAAUGUCCGAGCAUCUCUGAAAGCUGAAGUAGAGAGGAAAGUCAACAGGGAUGACGUUGUCAUUUUUGAUUCAUUAAAUUACAUAAAAGGCUACCGCUAUGAACUUUUCUGUCUCAUCAAACAUGUGCAGACACCACACUGCCUGGUAUACUGUCUGACGUCGGAUGAAGUGAGCUCAACGUGGAACACCAGCAGAGAUGCUGCUGAGCGGUACACCCAGGACAUCUUUGAUGCAUUAGUGCUGAGAUUUGAAGCUCCAGACUCCAGAAACCGAUGGGACAGUCCCCUCUUCACCGUCCUGAAAGACGACACGCUUCCAUAUGAGGACAUUUCUGACGCGCUUUUCAAAAGAAAAGCACCCCCGCCUAACCAGUCUACACAGAGUCAACCACUGUCAUCUGCAAACUUCUUGCACGAGUUGGACAAGAUCACACAAGAUGUGUUAUUGGCAGUUUUUAACUCCCAGAAGACGAGUGUUGCCGGGGAUCUCAUCACAGUACCAGGAGCUACAGAGAAGAUUGAGGUCAGCAGCAGCAUCAACAUGGCAGAGCUGAGGAAAUUACGCCGCCAGUUCAUCAGCUACACCAAGAUGCACCCGACCGAGAACACCGGACACAUUUCCAACAUGUUUGUGCAGUAUUUAAAUAAAAGUCUUCACUGACAUUUUAAUAGCAUUGGUUUCAGUGCUUUUAUUUUCUGUGACAAAUAAAUGUAUUCAAUAAAUGUAGUUGCAUGUUUGUGUGUUAUUGCAUUUUUAAUGACAAGAAAUUCAAAUCCAAGUAAGUCUUUCAGUCAAAGCUUAUCACUUUCUCAAGUAUGGGUUUUCCUUAAUUCCUCUUAUUGUACUUGACCAAUUUCUUGGUGACUAUCCCAACAAACAGUGCUUGGUUGUCUUGUUCAAAAGCUUCUUAUGCCUAAUUAGAUUUGUAAGCAAACUAUUGCUGAGUAAAGCUUUGUUUAUUCUCGCGCUUGGCGGCGCGCGAGCUCCGCAUUAUCUCCUAAACGCCAGAGGCCGUACAAACAAAAUGAACUGUGAAGAACCAAAAAAACAGCGAGUGUAACCCGUUGUCCCAAUCCCAAUGUUAAACCCUGAACCCCAGGAACUUACCGACGUCACCUGGUAGGUUUAGUGGCACAGACUGUACAAGCUUUAAAUGUUGUAAAUAAGAGUGAGACAGCACUUUGCUUUCAUUUUAUGUUCUCUGUAAUUUAGUAAAAUUGUAAUAUUAUAUAGGUGG